ACGCCCACCGGAUACGUCACAUUUAUACAACCAGUGAACUAUCUGAGUCAUUGUUCCCAUCUGUGGUUCAGUCAUGUCUGCCUCCAUGGUGGCUAGGGCGACCGUCCGAGCAGUCAGUAAAAGAAAGAUAUUAGCCACUAGAGCGGCUUUAACGCUGACCCCAUCUGCUGUGAAUAGGAUCAGGAACUUACUCGAGGAUAAACCAGAAUACAUUGGUCUGAAGGUGGGUGUGAGGACCAGGGGCUGUAACGGUAUGACCUACACUCUGGACUUCACCAAGCAGAAAGAUCAGGCUGACGAGGAGGUGCUGCAGGACGGUGUCCGUGUAUUUAUAGAGAAGAAGGCCCAGCUCACUCUGCUGGGGACUGAGAUGGACUUCGUGGAGUCCAAGCUGUCCAGUGAGUUUGUCUUCAACAACCCCAACAUCAAGGGCACCUGCGGCUGUGGAGAGAGCUUCAACAUGUGAGAGGGCUUCCUGCUGAGGCCUGGUCUCCCUACACAGCCAAACGUCAUCCUCACACCCAGACUCGCCACCCACAAACCCCCACUCACACACACCUCCCAACCCUCUCACUCAUACACACCUCCCAACCCUCUCACUCAUACACACCUCCAAACCCUCUCUCACACACACACACACACACCUCCCAAACCUCUCUCUCACACACACCUCCCAACCCUCUCUCACUCACACACACACCCUUUACCUUGAGGCCUGUGAGUGAAGUGAAUAAAGGCCUGAUAAACACAACGUGAGUGAGACGUGAGAGAAGGAGUGAGACGUGAGAGAAGGAGUGAGACGUGAGAGAAGGAGUGAGACGUGAGACGUGAGAGGAGUGAGACGUGAGAGAAGGAGUGAGACGUGUGAUGGUGUACUGUAGGGCUAAUAUAAUCUAUCUAAACACUGGGCAUGCUGAGCCCCCUAAAACUACAUCUACCAUGAAUCUAAACACUGGGCUGUGACAUGCCGAGCCCCUUGAAACCUUGUUACAAAGACAUGCAUGCACAGUACCUGAGAGACUUGGAGAGCUGCCAAAGUAAAGGAAACACCAAUAUAUAGUGUCUCAAUAGGGCGUUGGGCCUCCACCAAUCAGAACAGCUUCAGUCCAUCUUGGCAUGAAUUCUACAAGUGUCUGGAACUCUAUUGGAGGGAUGAGACGCCAUUCUUCCACGAGAAAUUCCAUCAUUUUGUGUUUUUUUGUUGAUGGUGGUGAAAAACUCUGUCUCUGGUGUCGCUCCUGAAUCUCCCAGUAGUGUUCAACUGGGUUGAGAUCUGAAUCUCCCAGUAGUGUUCAAUUGGGUUGAGAUCUGAAUCUCCCAGUAGUGUUCAAUUGGGUUGAGAUCUGAAUCUCCCAGUAGUGUUCAAUUGGGUUGAGAUCUGAAUCUCCCAGUAGUGUUCAAUUGGGUUGAGAUCUGAAUCUCCCAGUAGUGUUCAACUGGGUUGAGAUCUGAAUCUCCCAGUAGUGUUCAACUGGGUUGAGAUCUGAAUCUCCCAGUAGUGUUCAAUUGGGUUGAGAUCUGAAUCUCCCAGUAGUGUUCAACUGGGUUGAGAUCUGAAUCUCCCAGUAGUGUUCAAUUGGGUUGAGAUCUGAAUCUCCCAGUAGUGUUCAACUGGGUUGAGAUCUGAAUCUCCCAGUAGUGUUCAAUUGGGUUGAGAUCUGAAUCUCCCAGUAGUGUUCAACUGGGUUGAGAUCUGAAUCUCCCAGUAGUGUUCAACUGGGUUGAGAUCUGAAUCUCCCAGUAGUGUUCAACUGGGUUGAGAUCUGAAUCUCCCAGUAGUGUUCAACUGGGUUG